CGCUUUUUCCGGAAUUAACCCCGAGUAUUAGCUGCCCACUUGGGCGGAAGGGCCCACCGGUGGAGAAUCGACGGGGGCGAUGGCGGAUAGUCUUGUCAAGUUGCAGCAGAAAGAUUGGGCCUCGAAGAAAACAACUCUGCGCGCUCCACAACUUUUGCUUCAUCUAUGAGUGAUUGAAUUUUCUGCCUUUUGCUGUCCAAUUUCUCACGUGGUUCCGCCACGGUGCCGUAGUAGUGUUUGCCAGCUUCAUCAACUAAUUUCAGAAGUUCUGGAUUCUCUGUUCCGCCAUACGAGCUACUGAUUUAGCAUCCAGCGUAUACUUCGUCUACCAAUCGUUCCCAUACCUUUCAGGAGCAGUUUCUUACUGCGGCAGCUUCGAUUCAGGCCACAGACUUCUCAGGCAAAGAAGCGCAAAUGAGUUUCAUUUGGCUUCUCUCCUUGCUAUCUCUUUAUUGUGGUAUAUUCCCUGUUGGGCUUGGUAAGAACAUCUCCUCAAGACCAUCGGUCGUGAACAUUGGAGCUAUUUUUUCUUUUGAUUCUACCAUUGGAAAAGUUGCCAAGAUUGCCAUUGAAGAAGCUGUGAAAGAUGUGAAUGCGGAUCCUACCGUUCUUCCCACAACCAACCUUUGGUUACAAAUGCAAAAUUCCAACUGUAGUGGGUUCUUAGGCAUGGCCGAAGUUUUGCAACUUAUGGAGAAUGCAACCGUCGCCAUCAUAGGCCCCCAAUCUUCUGUGGUUGCCCACAUUUCAUCCCAAAUUGCAACCGAGUUCCAAGUUCCUCUAGUCUCAUUUUCAGCUACAGAUCCUACUCUCUCCGCCCUUCAGUUUCCCUUUUUUGUGAGGGCUGCACAGAGUGAUUUGUUUCAAAUGACUGCAGUUGCUGAGAUUAUUGAGUACUAUGAUUGGAAAGAGGUUAUCGCUAUAUACGUCGAUGAUGAUUAUGGGUGGAAUGGUAUUGCAGCAUUGGAUGAUAAGCUUUCUGAAAAACGUUGUAAAAUCACAUACAAGGUGGGUAUUAGUCCCGAAACUGCGGUAAACCAAGUCCAAGUUAUGGAUCAACUUGUUAAGAUUGCAUUGAUGGAAUCAAGAGUUAUGGUUCUCCAUGUGAACCCCAAAUUAGGCACUUUAGUCUUUUCAGUGGCUAAAUCCCUUCAAAUGAUGGGCAAUGGAUAUGUAUGGAUAGCAACUGAUUGGCUUUCGUCUCUACUAGAUAGUGUUGUUCCCCCACCUCCUGAGACCUUGGACUCGAUGCAAGGAGUUCUUUCUUUACGCCAGCACACAGCAGAGUCAGAUCAAAAGAAAGCUUUUCUUUCCAGGUGGAAUAAGUUAACUGGUGGCUCUUUAGGUCUGAAUGCUUAUGGUCUCUAUGCUUAUGACUCUGUCUGGGUGGUUGCUCAUGCUAUUGACAAAUUUUUUAAUCAAGGUGGGGUCAUUACACAUUCUAAUGAUUCCAGGCUGAAUUUCAGUGGAAACGGUGAUCUUCAUCUUGAAGCUAUGACCAUCUUCGAUGGUGGAAAUCAUCUGCUGAAUAACAUAUUGGAGAGUGACCUUUUUGGUUUGACGGGUGCCCUUAAGUUCGAUUCUGGUAGAUCCCUUGUUCAUCCUGCAUAUCAUAUUAUUAACGUUAUCGGGACUGGGUCAAGAAGGGUUGGCUACUGGUCUAACUAUUCUGGUCUAUCAAUUGAAGCUCCUGAGAUUCUCUAUUCCAGACCACCUAACCGUUCACACGCAAAUCAGAAGCUGUACGAGGUUAUAUGGCCAGGAAAUACAGUGGAAAAGCCUCGAGGAUGGGUGUUCCCAAACAACGGGAAGCUACUAAACAUUGGAGUGCCACUUCGGGCCAGUUUCAAGGAGUUUGUUUCACAAAUCAAAGGGUCCGACAAUUUCCAAGGUUUCUGCAUUGAUGUGUUUACAGCUGCUGUAAGCUUGUUACCUUACGCUGUCCCCCACCAAUUCAUAGCCUUUGGCAAUGGCCAUCACAAUCCAAAUUACACAGAUCUUGUAUAUGGGAUAACAACUGGCAAAUUUGAUGCCGUUGUUGGAGACGUAGCCAUUGUCACAAGCCGUACAAGGCUUGUGGAUUUUACCCUGCCAUAUACUGCUUCUGGACUAGUUGUUGUGGCCCCACUCAAAAAACUGAACACUGGUGCUUGGGCUUUCUUGCAUCCAUUUUCUCCAGCCAUGUGGAUGGUUACUGCUGCUUUCUUCCUUUUUAUCGGAAUAGUCGUCUGGAUUCUGGAGCAUAGGACGAACGAUGAAUUCCGAGGCCCACCGAGAAGACAAUGCAUUACAAUUUUAUGGUUUAGCUUCUCAACUCUAUUUUUUGCCCAUAAGGAGAACACAGUUAGCACUCUCGGCCGCCUUGUGCUGAUCAUAUGGCUGUUUGUGGUUUUGAUUAUAAAUUCUAGCUACACUGCAAGCUUAACAUCCAUUCUCACGGUGCAGCAGCUAUAUUCUCCAAUCACAGGAAUAGAAACCUUGAGGGAAAUUGAUGAACCGAUUGGUUUCCAAGUUGGAUCUUUUGCUGAACGUUAUCUGAGUGAGGAGCUGAACGUGUCUAGAUCUAGGCUUAUUCCUCUUGGAUCUCCGGAAGAAUAUGCCAAGGCACUUGAUCUUGGCCCUGGCAAGGAGGGAGGCGUUGCUGCUGUAGUUGAUGAACUUCUAUAUGUAGAAAAUUUCAUCUCUAGAGAGUGUAAAUUCAGAGUUGUUGGUCAUGAGUUUACCAAAAGCGGCUGGGGUUUCGCAUUCCCACGAGACUCUCCAUUGGCUAUAGACAUGUCAACUGCCAUUUUGCAGCUAUCCGAGAACGGCGAUCUGCAACGGAUACAUGACAAAUGGGUUGUGAAAAGUGCUUGCAUCUCAGACAGUACAGAUCUCAAAUCAGACUCGCUUCAACUUAAGAGCUUCUGGGGUCUCUUUCUUAUCUGUGGGACAGUGUGCUUCAUUGCCCUUGCCAUAUACUGCCUUCAGAUUAUUCGUCAGCUAUACCAUUCUGAUUCAAAAGAAUCUGAUCUGUCUAGCAGUAGUGGAUCGCAUCCGAACCGUCUUCGACGAAUCAUGUCGUUGUUUGAUGAGAAGAAAGAACCAAGGCAAAGCAAACGAAGGAAGGUUGAGAAAUCAUCCGAAAAUGAUAAGAAUGAUGGUAAUUUGGUGGUAAAUCCUUGAGAAGUUUGUAGACAGAAACUGAAGCAACCAGCCAGGUUUACUAAUUUCAGUCUGUCUAAAUCCGGUUUGUACACUUAAUUUUAGAACAAGAAAUCAGAGGAAAGCAUCUAAAAGAACAAAAUGGACUAAUUUGCAAAGGAAUAUAUGAGGAAAAAAGGUGUAGUAAAGGGGGUGGUUCAUGUUUUUCCUUCA